AACCUGGCGUUGAUAUCCACCAAUCCGGUGCAGGCUUCGGCCGGUGGGCGGUGUCUGAUCGACGUCACCCGGCCGGCGAGCGGGCGAGCGGUGCCAUUUUAAAAUUCAUCCGCUACUGAACCGGAGUCGUGAAAAAAGCCGCGAUGGUGAAACUCUUCAUUGGCAACCUGUCCCAGGACACCACGGCGGACGAGCUGCGGCCGCUCUUCUCCCAGUACGGGAAGGUCAGGGAGUGCGACGUGGUCAAGAACUUUGGCUUCGUGCACAUGGACGACAAGGAGGAGGCGGACGAGGCGAUCCGCAACCUGCACCACUACGAGCUGAACGGGCAGCCCAUGAACGUGGAGGUCAGCCGCAGCAAGACCAAGGCCUCCACCAAGCUGCACGUGGGCAACAUCAACAGCAGCUGCACCAACCAGGAGCUGCGCGCCAAGUUCGAGGAGUACGGGCCGGUGAUCGAGUGCGACAUCGUGAAGGAGUACGCGUUCGUGCACAUGGAGCGGGUGGAGGACGCCAUGGAAGCGAUCAAAGGGCUAGACAACACUGCUUUUCAAGGCAAGCUGAUGAGCGUGAAGCUUUCGACGAGCCGGCUGCGCACUGCGCCGGGAAUGGGAGAGCGGACGGGUUGCUAUCGCUGCGGGCAGGAUGGUCACUGGUCCAAAGAGUGCCCGAUGGGUCAGGACGGCUCCUUCUCGGAAGGUCCCAUGCCCCGCGAGGGGAAUGGGUACGGCGGUCAGGGCUAUGGCGGUGGCAGGGGGUUCACCGGGGGCUACGGUGCGGGCCCCGGGUUCGGCAGGGGAAUGGGCUAUGGUGCGGGCCCCGGGUUCGGCAGGGGGGCAGGCUUCGGCGGUCCUGGGUUCAGAAGAGGAGACGGCUAUGACGCGGGCCCUGGGUACGGCAGGGGCGAGGGGUUUAGCGGCGGUGUGGGGUAUGGCAGCGAAGCGGCUUACGGGGGCGCCACGAGCUACAGCAGCAGCAACAGCAGCAGUGCGUUUCCAGAGCGGCCUUCCAGCUACGAAGAGAGAGACCGCUACAACGUGGUCGACUACUACGAGAAGUACCGGGCCCGGCCUUACGGCAUGCCCUCCUUCGAGGACAGGAGGGUGGCCUCUCUCCCCCCUCUUCCUCCUCCACCUCCUCCUUCCUCCUCCAUGAUGAGAGACCGCCUGUCUGCCUCUGCCCUCAACCCCUAUGAGAGGCGCCCCAUGCCCCUCCCGCCGACUCCAGUCUCCUCCUCCGCCUCCUCCUCCUACUACGCACGAGAGCGCAGCCCCGUCCGCCGGGCUCCCCCUGUGGCAGAGGGGUACGGGUACGAGCGCUCCCGCCUGUCUCCGGUCUCCUCCUCCCUCUCCAGGAGCUCCCUGUACGAGGCGCCGCGGGCGAGGGACCCCUACGCGGAACGGGCACGCUAUGCUUUUUAAUCGCACGCGCCGACAGGUUUGUAUUUACCGCGGGGGGGGGAAAAAGAUCCUCCUCUUCCCGAGCUCCACGCGACGCGAAAUCGGCCGUCUCGUUUCACGCGGAGCGCGUUUCGACUCACGGGAAGGACGGUAUCGCGGGGGCUUCUCGUCGUGUUUCUCCAAGCUUUUAGUAUCUCGUUUCUGAUCUUCCGAACUUCUUCUUCUUCUGACCAAUUCAAGCCUGCUUGUUUGUGUAGUGACACGCACAAUUCCUCAGUUCUUCGUAGACAGCCCUCUUGAGGGGUAUUUGCUGUAACUGUUUGCUGUUUUUGAUGUUUAAUCUUGAUGUUGCUCAUUUCUGCACAAGGGAGGGGGGGAGAACAGUGGCUCCACGGAUUCAGAGAUGGGUUUGUAUUCAACUUUACAGGAUCUGCUGCACACGCGAUGAGUCGUUUGAUGUUUAUAUCUAUUUCUAUCUAUAUCUGUAUACAUACCUACAUGCAUACAUACAUAUGCACAAAUAACAUUAACACAGUCCAAAUCAACAAUGUGUGGAGACUUUGGAACAUUGUUCACUAUAAAAAAAAAAAAGGCUAUUAUCAACAGGGUGUUCCUCCUUUGUGGCAGAUGUGGCAGUCAUUACUGGGGGGGAAUUCUGAAAUUAUAUAAUUUGCAUUGUAUUUUUUUAUUUUUUUUUCUGGCUAGCACUUCUUGUGAACCCACUACUUAAUUACCAAGUCUUCUGAUGUGUGUGUUGUUUUUCAUAGGGACUUUUACACUUUCUGAGGGGGUGGGGGGGGGUGGACCAGACAUGUCACGCCACGUCACACCUUGAAAGCUAAAACAUUAGCCUGAUAAUGCCUGCAACGAGAGAGUUUCCAGUCUUACGAUUUAAAAAAAAAAAAUGAAUGAAAUUUAAAUUCUGCUGCGGCUAGUAGCAGGUUUUGGUGGUAUUCCAAAGAAUGGGCUUAAAGCGAGACAGAACCUUUGUGUUUGUAUCCUGUAUCCCCAGAAAUGCGUUUGAUAACCUGCAGUGAAGGGAGCUUGAGUGUAUUCAGUAUAUACGUCUGUGUGUGUGAUUUUUCUUUUUGUUUUUUUUUUCUUGUUAAUCUUUCUACUCUUGCUUCCUAAUGAGCUCUCUGUAGUAUUUGUAGUUUUCUUUUAUAAUAAAACAGUGUUUU